AUGAGAGAGAAACUUUUCAUAUUAGUCUUGAUUAUUUUGGUAUCAACCUUUGUAUUGUGCAAUGAUGAAUCUAUCCUGCCGAGCUCUGCAACAAAUGUGAAACAAGAUAACUCAGAGAGGACGAACUCAGUGUUGGCAUCUGUGUUGAAUUUGAAUUUGACAGAAACCGAACUAGACAACUUCCUUGAUGCUGUGAAACAAAAACAUUCUGAAGACUAUUCCGAUGAGCACGUUGUCGAUGAACACGAGUCGGCUGGAAUCAGCGUUUUUUCAUUUCAUUGGGAAUAUGUGAAAAACGAUCUGGUGCUCACCCUAUUUUUCAUCGUUAUCGGUCUUUUCAAACUUGGUUACCACCACACUCGAUUCACUAAGAAGAUUCUUCCGGAAUCAUGCUGUUUGAUCAUCAUUGGAGUCGUCUUUGGAUUUUUCUUCAUCGGGGAUACAACUCAUCAAUCCAUCAAAUUUCUCGAGUUUAGUACCAAAGUUUUCUUCUUCUACCUACUCCCUCCAAUCAUUCUGGAAUCUGCAUACUCUCUAAAAGACAGAGCGUUUAUUGAAAACAUUGGUACAAUUCUUCUCUAUGCUGUUCUGGGUACUAUUCUUAACAUUGUGCUCCUUUCCUUGGCACUUUUAAUUUUGAUUUGGAUUGGAGUGAUGGGAGAAAUCAGUCUCAGUAUCAUGGAUAUUCUAACUUUUUCGUCUCUAGUGGCUGCUGUCGAUCCAGUUGCAGUCCUUGCCGUUUUUCAAGAAGUCGGAGUGAACAAGAUGUUGUAUUUUAUGGUAUUCGGAGAAUCAUUGUUCAAUGACGCUGUCACCAUCGUUUGCUACAAUUUGGCAAUUGAGUUCCAAACUCUUCCACAUUUCUCUUGGUACCAUGGAUUUCUUGGUUUGCUCUCAUUUUUGUGUGUUUCUAUUGGUGGUUUGAUUAUUGGACUCAUCUGCGGUGCAAUCUCUUCCUUCAUCACAAAAUUCACCACAGAUGUUCGAGUGGUUGAACCAGUUGUGCUAUUUGGUAUGGCUUAUCUUGCUUAUCUUGCAAGUGAAAUGUUCCACUUCUCCGGGAUCAUCGCCCUCAUUGCAUGUGGUUUGUUCCAAACACACUAUGCAUGUUGUAACAUCUCCUACAAAUCAUUCACGAGCGUUAUGUACAUCACCAAAGUUUGCAGUACCCUCUGCGAAUCGCUCAUUUUCAUCAUUCUCGGAGUCAUGUUGGUCAAUGAGCGUGAAUGGUUCUGGGAGGAUUGGCACCCUGUGUUCUCCGCAGUAUCCGUUAUUCUAUGUGUGGUGGUGCGGUUUGGUGUCACAUUUUUCUUGACGUACUUUGUGAACCAAUUCACGGGAGGAGUCCGACACAUUUCUUUCCAAGAGCAGUUCAUAAUGUCAUAUGGAGGACUUCGUGGAGCUGUUUCCUUCUCACUUGCUUUCAUGAUUACUUCAAACCCAGAUGUCAAAAAUACAAUUCUCGGAGCUACCUAUGCAGUAAUUUUGUUUACCAACAUCAUUCAGGGCUCCACCAUCAAACUGUUUGUGAAAUGGCUCAAUAUCCGGUUAGCCAAAAAAGACGAUCAUUUCCGUCUAUUCAUUGAAUUCAAUAAUGGAAUGGUUCAACAUUUAUCUCAAGGAAUUGAAGGCGUUUGUGGAGACAAGAGUAUGAGUAUUAUUAACCGAUGCAGUGAGUUCUCCAAAAGAUUCGUCCGGCCACUUCUGGAGAAGAAUUAUGACGCAAAGGCUAAAAAAGAAGGAAAGCUAGUUGAGUUGAAUCGUGCUGUCGCAAUGAGAGAAGCACUGAACAACAGUCCAUCGCAAAGUUCAUUCAAACGACAACAGACACUUGAUGAAAUGGCUGAAAGUGGUGCACUUCCUCAUGACCUUAUGGAUGAAGAUCAUCAUCAUCACGGAGCAGGACAUCCAGACACUGAAGAAGUUGACCAACGUGCAAAUGAGCUACUCAAAGACGUGUCCACAAUUCGUUCUCUUAUGCACAAUCCAUAUGAAGAGUGCUACCUGGACCGCAAUUUGACGCACGAAGAAGAAAAAGAGAAGGCGAGAGAAAAAAUGAAAUCAUUGAAGAGUCGGGCAUUCAAAAUAUCAUCAGUAAGGAAAACUAUUGGAUUCUUCGGAAAGAAGAAGUCAGUCCGCAGACAUGCAACACAGCAGGGACUCAUCCAUUCUGCAAUUGCAACUCUUGGUGUCCAAUCAGUCGACCGACCAUCAACAUCAACCCGAGUCAGCGUAGAAGACGAGGAACAGGGACUAACAAUGAAAGAAAUGGAAGAAGAGCAUCCACUUAUGACUAUCAAAGAAAGCGAGGAAACUUCAUUCUGA